AACAUUAUUACGUGACAUGUGGAAACUGCAAAAAUAUUUUUGAGCUGUGUAAAUAAGUAAACACGCACCUAACAAUAUAAAAAUGCCUUACAUAAUAUUAAAAGUACUUAGAUCUGGCACAAGAUGCUUGCAAAACUUAUCCUUCUCCAGCUAAUGUCAGCGUUUGCCCUAGGACAAGACUGUUUAAGCAGAGAUUACGGCAAUGGAGGCACUGUAUGUGUUUGCAAUUCGAAUCAUUGUGACACUGUCCCAAAGCCGAAAAAGUUAGAACCGAGUGAGCUUUUGAUUUACACAUCCAACAAAGCUGGUCUGAGAUUUAAUCUCGAAAAAACAAACUUCAAACCUUGUGCUUUCUCGGAUCGGAUAGUCAUUGAUCCUAAAACCAAGUACCAAACGAUAUUGGGGUGGGGCGGCGCCUUUACAGACGCAGCAGGAAUCAACAUUGCAUCGCUGGAGGAAAGUCUUCAAACCAAACUUCUAGAAUCUUAUUUUUCUGAAAACGGUCUUGAGUAUAGCUUGUGUAGAGUACCGAUCGGCGGUACCGAUUUUUCAGUACGUGCUUACUCGUACGACGACGGUAAAGAAGACAAAGAUUUGACCAACUUUAAAUUAGCCGAAGAAGACCACAAAUACAAAAUUCCGUACAUUAAAAAAGCUCUAGAGUUGACUGAAAAUAGGUUAAAAUUGUUUGCGUCGGCUUGGACUGCACCCAAAUGGAUGAAAACUGACGGACAGUACGCCGGUCUUGGCGGUUCUCUUAAGAAAGAAAUGUAUCAAACAUGGGUCGACUAUUUCAUCAAAUUUUUUGAUAGUUAUAAAGAGCAAGGAAUCAGUUUUUGGGGCGUAACUACAGGAAAUGAGCCCAGUUUAGCUAUAUCGCCUACUAACCGCAUAAAUAACGUCGGGUGGGGCCCAAAAAACAUGGGAACAUGGGUUCGCGAUAAUUUAGGACCAACAAUUCGAAACUCGGCAUAUUCAGACAUGAAGAUUAUGAUAUUGGAUGAUCAAAGAUCGCUUCUUCCGUGGUAUGCCGAUGAGGUUCUUAAAGAUAAUACUGUUCGUAAAUACGUAGAUGGAGUCGCUGUGCAUUGGUAUCACAAUAUUUGGCCUCUGUUUUGGCCUGCUUCAGUACUGACUUUCACUCAUUGGCAUUUCCCUGAAAAGUUUAUUUUAGCCACUGAGGCUUGCAAUGGUGUAGGUGAGGAGUCGGUGGUUCUUGGGUCGUGGGAACGAGGCGAAAAAUAUUCGUAUGAUAUAAUUAAGGAUUUGCAAAACUGGGUGACCGGUUGGAUCGACUGGAACAUGGUGCUCGAUUUAUCAGGUGGACCCACCUACAUUAGCAAUAACGUUGAUGCGCCCAUAAUUGUUAACGCGUCUGCGGGUGAAUUUUACAAACAACCCAUGUACUACCACUUAGGCCAUUUCUCAAAAUUUGUGCCACCGAAUUCGGUGCUGAUUAAGACGAGUUUCGCCAACAAAGACUUACUUACGGUAGGUUUCCAAAGACCUGAUAAUGCUACAGUCUUGGUAAUUCUAAACAAAACUGGAAAAACUAUACCUGUAAAUGUUGUCGAUCCUAAUAAAGGUGUCGCACAGGUGGAAAUCAAAGCAAGAUCAAUUGUCACAGUUUUCUAUUAUAGCCAAAAUUAUAAAUAAAUUAUUAAUUUACCCAC